AUGCGUGUCAUGGAACAAUUUGUUGGAACGUCAGGUGUACGAACUUUAUUUACUAUUGAAUGCACUAGUGGUAAAGCUAUCCGAGCUCAUUCACACUACAAUGAAGAAAAUGAAAUCCUUCUUUUGCCUGGCACUUACUUUCGUAUUGUGGAUAAAUGGAGUCCAGCAAAAGAUUUAUACAUGAUUCAUUUGCGAGAAACACCUCCACCACGACAAUUCCUUGAACCGCCUUUCACAUCGACAACAUUGGACACCUCCAUUGCUACAGCGGUGGCAACAUCUAUGGCAAAACCAGUUAAAGAAAAUAUUGCAAUUUCGAAAGCCGAAGGUCUACCAAGUGCUGCUGCUACAGCAUCAUCCAUCAAACCAAAAAGUAAGCGUUUUUUUCAUUCUAUCCGGCAUAUUUCUGUAGAGAAUUCUCCGUGUAAUAUUCAGUAGUAGGACAUGAGUAUGUAGAGAAUCGAAGUUAACAAAUAUUUUGUUUAUCGAGGCCAGCUGAAAAAGUUUUUAAAUUAGAGACAAGCUUGUGGGAGUGAGCUCUAAUGUGAAUGUUAAACGAAAAGGUCACUAGUUUUUGCAGAUGUUUAUGAAGCUUGAAGUUUUAUCUAGGUCCGAUCUUAGCAAAAUCUAUAUUCUUUUAAUUCAUUUAUAGUGUAUUGAAGAACCCAAAACUUCAAUAAAAACAUGAUGUAUUUAACAUCAAAAUAAUGAAAAGUUAACCAGUGAGACAUCAUCAGAUUAAAAAAAAUGAAAAUUCCAUGCAUGAAAUGAACAUUUUAAUGUUUUCUAUAAACUCAUCAAUACGUCUUGAGUGUCAAUUAUAGAAUAUCAAAAACAAUUACUUUCAAUCCCAUCACUACGAGAUUAAAGUAUAAAAUGAGGUGGAACUAUUUGAACUGUUAAUAAGAAUCAGCGAUAAUAGCACCACAUGUAGGAUAUGUCUAUCAUAGUAGUAUAUGAUGAGUACCACAAGAUCAUAUAUCAGCAAACAAAAGUGGAGUUUUUAUAUUUCUGAAUUCGACACAUCUGAGAUAUUCAAUACUUGAAGAUGGCUUUCAAGAUUAGCAUGUAUGAGGUUGUAGGACAGAAUGGAAACAUCGAUUUUCCAUCAUAAAUAAUUCAGCCAUCAUUGUCAAUCUUGCUUGGUAGAGAAGAAACUAUCAAAUUUGUGUUGAAGUUACUCAGAAUGUUGACAACUUUCGUUUAGAAGGCCAAGAAUUCGCCACAUCUGGAACGGACAAGAAACUAUCUCAAAAUGAAUCAUUAUUGGUGUGGUGUUUGAUUUAUACGAUAUUUUGAAUCAUUGACUCCAAACAGAGAUAAGUAGAUGAACAAAGCGAUUGUUAUUAGCAUUCGUCUAUUUUAUAAUUUUUCUCAACACUUGACUAUAACAAAGGUUUCAUUUGCAAGAAGUAAAAUAAGUGAACAAGAGGUUAAAGGUCGUAUUAUUCAGUCAUUUCUUAUGUAACCUCUACUCCAUUGAAGAACUUUUGAAUUUACUCUGAGAAAAUCAAUAUAAACGAACAUCAUCGUCCUAAAGAUUAUUCGAUAGUCAAAUAAUUUCAAUCAUUAGGUCGACUUGAACGAGUUCAUCCUUAGUGAACAUGUUUUUUGAAUGGAACAUUUGUGCCAAUUGCGGGAAAUGCCGUGAUGAUCAUUCAUUUUUCACAGGAUCUUGAAUUUAUAGACAAACUGUGGAUCUUAAAUUUGAAGUGAAACCAUUAUAAACGAACAGAACAUUGAUUUAAUUGAUUCCUUUGAUAGUUCAUCUUCUUUAUGCUUAACAGCUGAGUCAUAGUGCUUUGAAGUGAAUGGAAUAGAUGAAUACAACUGUUGGUACUAUUGAAAUCAUUCAUUUGACAUGCAAGCAUCGAUGUGCAAUCGAAUCGAAAUAGUCACUAUAGUGCAAAAGAAAAUAGAUCAACCAAACCUACGGGCGAUGAUAAUCAUCUAUUUAACAGAUGAUUCUCGAUAAGUUUAUCUUUCUUGAAUUCUUGCUUUCAUGUACGUAAAACAGAUGAACAAAAUCAUCCAACAAGCUGGAAAUGGAUCAUGAUGAUUUGUUUGUGGUACGAUCGUCGCAUACCUUCAUCAAUCGAAAACUUUCUAUCGUAUCAAGUAAUAUAAGUGAACAGAUCAUCCAGAAUCAGAAUAAUUCCUUUUUUAUCUGAACUUUUAUUAAUUUGUGAACUCCCAUUAUGAUAAAAAAAGUGAAUACCAAUAACAAACAAGACCAUUACAAUAAUUAUGAUCAGUCCUGCACCUUAUUAUCUUUCAAAGCAGCUUAUUCUUGAAGCAUUUGUUUUAAUGAACACAGUAUCAAUGAACAUGAGAAUUGGACAGACAAUGAUCAUGAUAAUUCCUCUUCUAUGUAAUCUCUUGAUCAGUCGAUAGUCUCGUACAUUUUCAUUCCAAGUAAGUUGACAAAAUAGAUGAAUGGAUUCAUCAACAACGUUGUAUUGAUCCAUAUAUCUUAUUAUCUUCGAUCAGCGCAUUAAUUUUCAUAAUUUAUUUGGAUAUUUGCAAAGAUAGUUGAACAAGUCUUUUGGUAAAUGAUAAUUUAUAUGCCAUGAGAUCUUUUUCAAUCACACAUAACUUGGAUGUUUUAGUUCAAAUUGAAAAACAUAAGUGAACAAAAUCUCGCUAAUGCAUAUUUACUCAUCACACGAUCGUUGAUCAAUGUCAGCAAGACUUGAUCUUCAUUUCAAAAUGCGAAACAUAAAUGAACAGAACAAUGGUGAGAAUGAUUCAUUUGGCAUGUGGCUUUUAUGUACUUAACAGUUCAUUAUCUUUCGUAUGGAUGAAGAAAAAUAUUUGAAUGAACCUCUGAAUAUGCAAAUCAUUCAUUUUUUAUGUACUCGUCGAUCCGCAGGUCGAUUCACAAGGUUCGAUUCGAGUUUCAGAAUGAGAUGAAAACAUAGAUGAAUAGAACCAUUGGAAUUACUUCAAGCGUUAUUAUUAUUCAUAAGUCGUGUUAUAGUGGAUGAACUAUCGUCAAUGCAACUACUUUGACAUCAAAUGAAUGAAAUAAGUGAACAGAACUUUCGUUAGGAUUAUUCAUUUGAUAUGUCAUGAUAGAUUAGCUAUAGAUCGUUCAAUAUUUGUUUCAAUUUGAUGAAAAUGAACAAACAACAUACUACUGAUCAUUGUCAUUCGCUUGUUACCUUAGAUACACUGAAGUGUUCGUGGAGAAAAUUGUGCUUUCAGGUAACUGUGAUUGAUGAAUGGAUGGUUGGAGCAACAUGUAUUUAUUAAGCAUCCUUUGCCAUGUAAUGUUCGAUCAGCUGACCGAGUCGCAACCUUUGCUUCGAAGUGAGCAAAAGAGGUGAACAGAAGUAUUUUGAUGAAUGUUCGUUUGCCAUGUGAUGUUCGAUCAGCUGACCGAGUCGCAAACUUUGCUUCGAAGUGAGCAAAAGAGGUGAACAGAAGUCUUAUGAGUAAUGUUCGUUUGCCAUGUGAUGUUCGAUCAGCUGACCGAGUCGCAACCUUUGCUUCGAAGUGAGCAAAAGAGGUGAACAGAAGUCUUAUGAGUAAUGUUCGUUUGCCAUGUGAUGUUCGAUCAGCUGACCGAGUCGCAAAUUUUGCUUCGAAGUGAGCAAAAGAGGUGAACAGAAGUAUCUUGAUGAAUGUUCGUUUGCCAUGUGAUGUUCGAUCAGCUGACCGAGUCGCAACCUUUGCUUCGAAGUGAGAAAAAGAGGUGAACAGAAGUAUCAUUAUGAAUGUUCGUUUGCCAUGUGAUGUUCGAUCAGCUGACCGAGUCGCAACCUUUGCUUCGAAGUGAGCAAAAGAUGGGAAAGCGCAGAUUGUUUGUGUGAGGACAAUCGACGUGUGUAAGAAUGUGAAAAUGA